AUGCCGUCGCCCAGCACCCUCCGUCCCUUCCGUCGCGCGCUUCGCUUCCGUCCCGCAUUCGCUCCUGCCGUAGCGCGUGUCCCUCCCGUGCCUCCCUUCCCUCUCCGCCGCUCGUCAUCCGUCCCUCAUUCGCAUCGCUCACUCGAUUCGUCGCGCACUCCCCCCGUCGCACUCCCUGCCUGGACCGCAUCCUUUCAGUUCAAUGGCUCUGCCAUCGGUUCCUCGUUGCGCUUCUCCGCGUCUUCCGCCACCCACGCUUCCGCCUGCGCCACUAUGCUGGCGGACGACCUAAUAUGCACGCAGGGAAUACGCGCGCAGCAGCGGCGGAAGCCCUUGCGCUCGCGCUCGCAGAGCGCUGCCGAGGAAGGACACGGGGAAAAGGGAGAAUCCGCCUUCUCCUUUCCCUCUCAGCCCCUCUCCUCCUUUCCCUCUCAGCCCCUCUCCUCCUUUCUCCCUCAGCCCCUCUCCUCCUUUCCCUCUCAGCCCCUCUCCUCCUUUCCCCCUCAGCCCCUCUCCAAGUGCAGGAAGCAGAGCAGUGCUGGAGCGGGGGCUUUGCUCGCUGCAUGCAGGUCGGCGCUGAUCGACCUCUUUGCUGGCAGUAGUGGCGGUGGAAGUGUGGCAGGAGGGAACGGCAGCAGCAGUGGCAUGGGGAGUGGGUGGAGCAGCAGUAGCAUUCCCGCGAUGCCUCUCCCACGCCUCCUCAGGGUUGUGCCAUGGGUCCCUCCCUCACUAUCUCCUUGUCCUUCCCUCAUGUUUCUCCGUCUUCCUUAUCCCAUUUCUGCCCAUCUCCACCCGCUCUUUCAUCCCAUCACCCUCCCCUCCCUCUCCCGUACGCACUUCUCCCCACUCUCACACGCGCUGCUGCCCCUUCCGUACGCGCUUCUCCCCACUCUCACACGCGCUGCUGCCCCUUCCCUCCGCGCUGCUUCCCCACUUCCCCUCCCACUCACCGUUUCACCCAUUCCCUUGCACCUACAGCCCUUCUCCUCCUUUCGCUCGCUUAUGAUUUCCACCCUUCCGUUUCUGCCCGCUUUUCUCCUUUCCUCUGUUCUCAUUCCCACCAUUCCUCUCCUCCUUUUCCUGCAAGCCUAA